AUGACAAUAACUACUUGGGGAUGGAAUCGCAACCCAUUAGGCGGCACUAAAACAUCCAACGGAGGCAAUGGUAACGGAGGACAGGGCUCUCCUACUACAACACGACCGAAUCUCCCAGGAGCACCCACUCUCACGACGCUCGAGCCGCCUUAUAGUGGUAGUGAGUGCAGCUCGUAUCUACACACGACCAGGUGUAAUGGGUCUGGUGGUAAGUCGGCUUGCGUAACUCAAGAUCUCUGCGUACCAACCAGGCCCUGCUACUCUACAUACUCUGCGACGGGCACCCCUUCGUGUUCAGGCGAGUACUCCAUCUGCCUGAGCACCACUGUCAUAGCCAGAUGUGCCCAGGCAGAUUUUCUUGCUGCCCCAGCUGACGCAACGGCGCCCCCCUCCCUUAUCGACGAUAAAUUCAUCGCAGUAGCCCCAUCGGUUCCGACACCUGAACCCAGUUUAAGGCUUGAAGAGGACACUUAUCGCCAGAAGGAACCGGCUGAUGAUGAACCCGGCGAGCAGGAGGUUUCCGUUCCGAAAACCCCA